GAUCUAGAAAUCUAGGUCACGGAGGUGUGUCACACUAUCAUCCACAAUAAAAAUAUAAUAUAGCCACCAGUCCUGCUGUGUAUUGCAGCCCUAUUGAACCAAAUGCAGGCUAGAGCUAUCCAAACUUUGGUGGUUUUUGACACUGAAACCACUGGCCUACCCAGUCCAGGGAACCAGACCAAGAUCACUGAGCUGUGUUUUAUAGCCAUCUCAAGAGAGGAACUUCUGACCAAGACCUCAGCAGCACGUGUCUUGAACAAACUUAUUCUGUGUUUCAACCCUAGAAAAAAUAUUUGCCAUAAAGCUUCCAAGCUAUCAGGACUGUACAAUGAUGCACUUGAAAGCCAGAGAAGCUUUGCCUGUCAAACAAACUUGAUCAGUAUUUUUCUCCAAAACCUGCCACAGCCUGUCUGUCUUGUUGCACACAAUGGAAAUGGGUUUGAUUACCCUCUGCUGGUCUCAGAGCUGAACUCAGCCAAGAAGGAAAUCCCCAGGGAUAUUUUAUGUGUUGACAGCCUAGAAGCCUUGAGAGCAUUUGAUGGACUUGUACCUGAUCCCUGGAAAAAAAGAUGUCCAGCAUCUUCCACUUGCGCAGCUGGACAGGUUGACCAAGAGAACUUACUCAGUGCAGCUUCACCAAACAAAGCAACAAAACUGGCCACAGGUUGGACUGUAGAGGAACACACCUCACCUCCAUCCACAUUUUCUGUUGCCCCAAUUUCCCUGGCAGGGGUGGGAAGGGAACUGAAAUUGUCAGAAUACAACCCUACCAGUGCCCUGACCUUGAAGAAUGACAACCCUACCAAUGCCCUGACCUUGAAGAAUGAGGUACAGCAAACAACUAGGUCUAAUGGUUCCAUGACUUCAAAUGAUGCUGAUAGAAUCUCUGUCUCUAAUGAUGCUGAUAGAAUCUCUGUCUCUAAUGAUGCUGAUAGAAUCUCUGUCUCUAAUGAUGCUGAUAGAAUCUCUGUCUCUAAUGAUGCUGAUAGAAUCUCUGUCUCUAAUGAUGCUGAUAGAAUCUCUGUCUCUAGUGAUAAUCAUACGGUGCUUGCUGCUGCAGAAUCUGCAGAGGAGCUUUAUUUUAAUCUUGAAACUACAGGCACCCAAACCAAAUAUUCUGACCAUACAGGCACCCAAACCAAAUAUUCUGAUGACCUAAGAGAAAAUACAUCCAGUCUAUUGACAUAUAGUUUCUAUUCCAAUGUGGAAAAGUCUGAUUCCAAUGUGGAAAAGUCUGAUUCCAAUGUGGGAAAGUCUGAUUCCAAUGUGGAAAAGUCUGAUUCCAAUGUGGAAAAGUCUGAUUCCAAUGUGGAAAAGUCUGAUUCCAAUGUGGAAAAGUCUGAUUCCAAUGCUGGUCAGGGGGAACAAAGACAGAUUGAAAGACUCUUUGAAACUCACCCAAAAACACAAUGUGAAAAAGGUCUUGUAACUGUGAUAAACAAAUCUAACGACAAAAGAGGUUCAAAUCCCGAGAAAUCCAAUGGUAAGAAAUCCUACAAAUUGAGUGAGAUUUACCGUGCUCUGUUUGGCCAGUCCCCCUUGGUUUGUCACACAGCCGAGGAUGACUGUCUGACUUUGUUAAAGAUAAUUCAGUGGAAAGCAGAACUCUUCUGUAAAUGGUGUGAUGAAAAAGCUCUGCCACUUACAGAAAUAGAUCCCAUGUAUUGACUUGGCUUAAUCCACUUUUCUCCAUGUGGAACAUAGGGCCUUCACCAUAUCCUUCCAUUUCAUCUGAUUCCUUUAUACCAAACAUACACAUAGGCAUACAUAAAAUGUCGUUUUGGGGAACAGAGCAUUCUCCACCCCCCCCCCCCCCC